CUUUAUCGUCUGGCUAGAAGAACGGAUGUGUCUGCUGUGACGGGCCCAUGUCUGAAAACCCAGACAGGCGCUUGUAUUUCAACAGAAAGGCAGUUACACUCGAGUUUGAUUGUUGAGCAGCAAGAUGGAGUGUGAGUGGAAGCCAGACGAGCAAGGACUUCAACAAAUAUUACAGCUGCUGAAAGAGUCUCAGUCGCCAGAUACGUCCACUCAGAGAUCCGUCCAGCAAAGACUUGAGCAGCUGAACCAGUAUCCAGACUUUAACAACUAUUUGAUAUUUGUUUUGACAAAAUUAAAGUCAGAAGACGAACCGACUCGAUCCCUAAGUGGACUGAUACUGAAAAACAACGUGAAAGCUCACUAUCAGAACUUUCCAAAUGGUGUGUCAGAUUUCAUCAAGAGUGAGUGCCUGCAAAACAUUGGAGAUUCUUCUCCCCUCAUCCGGGCCACCGUGGGUAUCCUCAUCACUACAAUUGCCUCCAAGGGUGAGCUACAGAACUGGCCAGAGCUUCUGCCUAAACUCUGUCUGUUGUUGGAUUCUGAGGACUACAAUACAUGUGAGGGAGCAUUUGGAGCCUUGCAGAAGAUCUGUGAAGACUCUGCUGAGAUCCUGGACAGUGACAUGCUGGACCGUCCUCUAAACAUCAUGAUCCCAAAAUUCUUGCAGUUUUUCAAGCACAACAGUCCUAAGAUUAGGUCUCAUGCCAUCGCCUGCGUCAAUCAGUUCAUCAUCAGCAGGACUCAGGCUCUUAUGCUGCACAUCGAUCCUUUCAUUGAGAACCUUUUUGCGCUGGCGACAGAUGAGGAGCCUGAAGUGAGGAAGAAUGUUUGCAGAGCUCUUGUUAUGCUGCUGGAGGUUCGCAUGGAUCGUCUGUUGCCCCACAUGCACAACAUAGUUGAGUACAUGCUUCAGAGGACUCAAGACCACGAUGAGAAUGUUGCCCUGGAGGCUUGUGAGUUCUGGCUUACACUGGCAGAGCAGCCAGUGUGUAAGGAAGUGCUGUGUGGUCACCUCGCUCAGCUCACUCCUGUGCUUGUCAACGGAAUGAAGUACUCUGAGAUUGACAUUAUCCUGCUCAAGGGUGACAUUGAGGAGGACGAGGCCAUUCCAGACAAUGAGCAAGACAUCAGACCACGCUUCCACCGCUCCCGCACGGUUGCCCAGCAACAUGAGGGUGAUGGGAUUGAGGAACAGGAAGAUGAGGAUGAUGAACUGGAUGAUGAUGAUGAUACUAUCUCUGAUUGGAACCUGCGCAAGUGUUCGGCCGCAGCCCUAGAUGUGUUGGCCAACGUGUUCAGAGAUGAUCUGCUGUUGCACAUUCUGCCCCUGCUCAAAGAGUUGCUCUUCCAUCCAGAGUGGGUGGUUAAAGAGUCUGGCAUCCUUGUACUAGGAGCUAUAGCUGAAGGCUGUAUGCAAGGCAUGAUCCCAUAUCUGCCUGAGCUCAUACCACAUCUCAUCCAGUGUUUGUCUGACAAAAAGGCUUUGGUGCGAUCCAUCACCUGUUGGACGCUAAGUCGCUAUGCGCACUGGGUUGUAAGCCAACCUCCAGAUAUUUACCUGAAGCCUUUAAUGACAGAGCUGCUCAAACGUAUCCUGGAUAGCAACAAGCGUGUGCAGGAGGCUGCUUGCAGUGCCUUUGCCACUUUGGAGGAAGAGGCUUGUACAGAGCUGGUGCCCUACCUGGCAUUCAUUCUGGACACACUGGUGUUUGCCUUCAGCAAGUACCAACACAAAAACCUGCUCAUUCUUUAUGAUGCAAUAGGAACGCUUGCAGAUUCAGUGGGGCAUCAUCUCAAUAAACCGGAGUACAUCCAGAUGUUAAUGCCACCUUUAAUCCAGAAAUGGAACCAGCUAAAAGAUGAAGACAAAGAUCUCUUCCCGUUAUUAGAAUGUCUGUCUUCUGUAGCCACAGCCCUGCAGAGUGGCUUCCUGCCCUACUGUGAGCCUGUGUACCAACGCUGUGUCAACCUGGUCCAGAAGACCCUUGCUCAGGCUAUGCUUCAUCAGUCACAGCCAGAUCAAUAUGAGGCCCCUGACAAAGACUUCAUGAUUGUGGCACUGGAUCUUCUCAGUGGACUGGCUGAGGGUUUGGGAGGCACCAUUGAGCAGCUGGUUGCUCGCAGCAACAUCCUCACCCUCAUGUACCAGUGCAUGCAGGACAAAAUGCCAGAAGUGCGUCAGAGUUCUUUUGCGCUACUUGGGGAUCUCACCAAAGCUUGUUUCCAGCAUGUCAAACCAUGCAUCGCUGAUUUUAUGCCCAUACUGGGUACAAAUUUAAAUCCAGAGUUAAUAUCAGUGUGUAACAAUGCAACGUGGGCAAUAGGAGAGAUAUCUAUACAAAUGGGGCCUGAAAUGCAGCCAUACAUUGCCAUGGUGCUGCACCAGCUGGUGGAGAUCAUUAACAGGCCCAACACCCCAAAGACUCUACUGGAAAAUACAGCAAUAACAAUUGGUCGUCUUGGUUACGUUUGUCCUCAAGAGGUGGCACCCAUGCUACAGCAGUUUAUAAGACCCUGGUGUACUUCUCUACGGAAUAUAAGAGACAAUGAGGAGAAAGACUCUGCAUUCAGGGGAAUUUGCACUAUGAUCAGUGUAAAUCCAGGAGGCGUGGUGCAGGAUUUUAUAUUCUUCUGUGAUGCAGUGGCCUCCUGGGUCAAUCCAAAAGAUGAUCUCAGAGACAUGUUCUACAAGAUCCUUCACGGGUUCAAGAACCAGGUGGGAGAAGAAAACUGGAGGCGCUUCUCAGAUCAGUUCCCAAUGCCACUGAAGGAACGACUGGCAACCUUUUAUGGAGUGUAACUGUUUCCGCAGCACUGUGCCUCAUCACUGGGGUCAUUCACUAUGGGAGACAAUAUAGGGAACCAUCCCUGGGAACACGUACCCUUUAUGGGGGGGAAGGGUCUGCCUGUUGAUGGAAGGGAAGGGGUGCAGACCCCUUCCUGACCUAGUGGACGGGGUGGGAGGGAAGUGAUGGUAGCUGCAGUUCUCAGUGCCUCUAUGCAGAAGCAAAGGGGGAAAGAGACUGGCAGAACAACCUUAUGGGAUGAUAACUCAUGUAAUCACAUCAUUGUCACAAAUAAUUGAAAUGAUUACUUUUUUUCUCUCUUUUCAUUUAUUCUCCAAAUAUGUUCCUCUCUGGAUUACUGGGAAAAAAAAGUGAUAAAAUCAUUGCAAAAUCUUGUGAAUUUGCCCUUUGAUGGUUAGAUGUGGAGAAAUGAUGAUGUAGAAAUUGAUGUGUAUGUAUAAGAAGACUGUCCUUUAAAAGAAAAAAAAUCUUAGGAGUAAAACUUAAGAUUGUUUAUUAUGUAUUUGAGCUUAAAGCUAAUGAAUAGCAGCUGAUGUUAAGAAUAUGUUCUGUUGGAUCAAGCCAAGGAAAAUAUAAUUUAAUCACGCUGCAUAUCACCAAAAACAAAUAUAUUUGCCAGAUUUUUUUCUGAGUUCCUACAUGUAAACAGGGCAGAGACUAUUAAUUAUGUAACCAGAGAGCACAAUUUAAGAACAGCUUUUCUGGGAAUAGGUAGCAUGCUUAUAUUAUAUUGGAAAGCUGUUAAACACUACUGGUGUGUCGACAGCUGUCAUUGCCAUUUGUUGAGAUCCUUCCUAGAUCAUGUUAUUUGCAUUUACAAUACUUUUGCUUCCUCUACCAGAGAAUUACAGCAAUGGGCUGUAACGUAGCAUGAGAGGGUUUACACACUGAAGUUAGGUCAUGAUGUGUAAAAUCUUGACUGUGACGUAACGUUGGAGUGAAUCUGUUUGGUUUUGUGGUGUGAAUGUGUCAUGGAUAUUCAUCAGCAAGCAUAUCAAAGCUAUAGCUGCUUACAGUCUUUUUUUUAUGUUGUCUCAGCCUUGUGACGGAAAAAUGAAGGAGACCAUGCGGGUCAGCGUCCUGUGUGUGUCGUUAUGUUAUUGUUUUUUGGACUCAACACCACAAUGACACAAAAACCAAAUCAGUAAUUUUUUUGUGACUUUUUGGUGUCAGAACCCCACAAAACAUUAGAUCAAUGUUAAAUAUAUUUAUUUCCAAACAAUGUUAAAUAGGUUUCUUUCUCUAUGUACUAAAGUUUUGUUAUUGGUUGUUUGGCUUUCUGUGCUAAAAGCAUGUUCUUGAGGAUGACUGUGUAACUUUUUUUGGGUGGUUGUCACUGUGGGGUACUUGGAUGAUUUCAUCUCUUGCAUGUUGGUGGCCCCUUGCACCCCAACAUAUAGUGGGAAGGGGAUUGUGGGAGGGAGGGGAGCUUCAAUUCAAAGUUUUAAGAAGUACAUAGUAAACAUGUAUGUAUCGGCAACACUGGGACUCGUAUAACUUCACAUAAACCUUGCUGGAGUGCUCCCCUUGAACUUUUCCCCCCAUAGCUGGAUGUAGUUUCUCAAUACUGUGAAAAUACAAGAAUGUUGAUGUCUGCUUGUUUUGCGCUGUUAUAUUUGUAAAAAGUGUCUGUUUAAGUUACAGCCUGAAUGUAUUCCAUGAUGGGUUGGAGAGAUAUUAACUUUAUUAUUAAUAUUUUUUUUAUUAAUUCCCAGCCAGUCAUUUUUCCUCUGCUGGCCAGAGCGAUAACUGCAGUAUUUUAAUCCUUUGUAACGCACAUGACCUGCACCUAAUAUUUACAUAGAAAGUGCUUAAAUAAGUGACAUAGCCAAAACCCGCACACAAAUGAUUAAGUACUUAUUGCUGCUAAAAUGUAUUUACCUAAUGCAAUAAGCGUCUUGGUGCAAUUAAGUCACUGGACAAUAGGGGUAGUUUAACUUGUUAGAUUUUACGAUACGAAAUGCAUAACUGGUCUCUUAGGUUUAAUAUUUAGUGAGAUAAAAGAGAGAUGUAAUGCAUCAUGGAAUACAGAGGCAAAUACUUGUGUGUCCCAUCAUUGUGUGUUUUUUAAAGUGAUUUUGUCUGUCACAUUCCAGCUGUUUGGCAUGCAAAAUAAUGGAGUAAUCACGGCUUGAUGGGGUGUGUUCACAGUCCUGCUCUUCUUUUGGAAGAUUGCCGAUCUGUACAACAUGCUAAAUAAUCCCCAUCAUUACUGUGCUGUCUUUCUGACUUGACCGCUGCUAUACAUCGUCGUGUUUCAUCACUUGAAUAUGUAUUGUUAACCUCAGGUUGUUUUUGUUUAGCUUUUUUUUUUUUUUUUUUAUUGUUCCAGUGUUAUUUGUUUUUAUCAUUUCCCCAAUGUGUAUGCCUUUUUAUGCAUAUUCUCAGCAACUGAAGACUAAUAGAAAAGCUUACCCUUCAUGUUAGGUAUGGAUAUCUGUGGGUGUUAAUGGAUGUUAGUGUUGAUGUGCUCAACACUGUGAGCUGUUAAGUUGUGACAGGGGGUAAGAAUAAUUAAGAAAUGGUAACUUGCACAUACUUUAUCCACUUUCUUUCAAAAGUGAUUGUUAUCAAAUUUCAGCAAGUAGUUUUAUCUCUUCACAAUUCUGUGAAAGCUAAUACGUUGAGGUUAUGUUGGGGUUUUGCAAUAGAGUUACACUGUAUGGAAACAACCAAUAACAUUUAAUUCAAAAGCAGAGAAAUUGGUUGGCAAGUUAAUAAUGUAAUGUUUGCAAAUACAAGUUUGAAUUUCUAUUAAGAUUUCCUGAAAAUUUGUAUUUUAUAAUGCACCCACCAAUAUUAAGGAAUGUCUGGUCAAAGAGCUCCUGUAUUCUGUAACUCAAUUAGCCUUUAAACUUGAUUAGAUUAUCUGCCUUCAUUUUUUUGCUAAUAUAAGCAAAAACAUAAUUUUGAUAGACUUGGUUUAUUUUUUUCUUUUUUUGUUUCUUUUUUUUUAAUAAGCUGCUGAAUUUAAAAAAUACUUUUGGGGCCACCAAAUAUUUUGGAUCAUGCAAAGACUAUAUUGUACUGUAGUAAAUUUUGUAAUAUUUGUAAGAUGAUAUUGUGAGUGUGACUGGUUACCAUUGCUUGAAUAUGUACAUUUGUUCCAAUAAAUUGUUUACAUUA